AUGAACGGAUCGAGCGGACGAACGGAGAACUCGUCGAAACUUUCUCACAGGAAUCGUCGAGAUUAUGCAAUUGAUACCGUUCGUUUGAUCUUAUUGGGUUACGCAAUAGUUCCAUGUUGGGGGUCAACGGUGCCGAUAGAAAAGAAACACGAGACUCCUAUGCACAAGGUCGAGCUCACUCAGAAGGGAUACAUUCAGUUUCUACGAUGGGAGCUGCCGGUGCCGGAGUUUACGGAGUUCACCUUCUGCCUGUGGAUGCAAUCGAACGAUCUCACUCAUUCUCAUCCCAUAUUUUCCUACUCGAAAAACGAGCGAGAGCGCCUGGUACGAUCGUGGAUAGCGCCACAUGGCAGGAGCAUUCACCUUGAGAUCGGAGGAAAACAGGUGCUCGCGAUGCCGACCGAUAUUCUAGAGAAUCGGUGGUACCAUUUCUGUCUCAGCUGGGAGAACCAGGCCGGGCUCUAUGGACUCUGGAUCAACGGCCGGCUCUGGGCUCAAGGUCAUUCCGAUGAGACGAUAGGACAGACGAUCCCGAGUGGAGGAGACAUCGUGCUGGGCCAGGAGUACACGGACUUUGACAAAGGGCUGGAGGACGGUAUCGAGGGUUCUGUAUUGGGCUUCAACCUUCUUCUAGCUUCGGCUUUCGAUAGCCCGCACACAGACUACCAGCUGGAAACCUCCUACGAUUCGACUCGGGUGUCCACCUCGAGUUACGCCACGGUUCCGCUUUUUGCGAGGAUUCCAACGAAACUGAUGCAACGCGCCAUCGAUUAUGGAACGCGAACGAGAACGCCUUACACAUUCCUGCCGACUAAUUCUAAUAAACUUCGAGGACGUGGCUACGACGAGAACGCCGUGUCUCUGCCUCUGCUCACUGGCACAGCUAAAUCCAUCUCUUCUGGAACGACCGAUCCAUGGCGCGAUGCUACGAGCGUAGAACUGUCCAGGUUGCAAGAACAACCUCUAGGACUGCAAUUGAUAAAAUUGUCGUACACACACUGUGAAAUUGGUAGAGGGAGUCCUUACAUUGGUGGCAAGCUGAUGUUGAUUUCGUGGACCAGAACUGCGGUUCGUAUCUUUGGUGGAGCUUUGUUGAAGAACGUUGCCAGCGAUUGUGGCAAUUUCUAAGAAUUUACAGUAGCAGCUCUUUCAUACUGUACGAUAGAAUCGAAAUUGCUGCAGACACAUCCAGUAACCACGUUUUCGAACGUAGAGAAAGCGUUUAAAUUUA